GCGAGCGCCGCGGAGCUGCCAGCGGGCGGACGGGCGGGGGACGAGCGAGCAGUGAGUGGCGAGCGGAGCGCACAGCCUUCGCCGCCCGGGAGCCAGAGCUGCGGCCCCACCCGGUGGAGGCUGCCUUCCUGCCGCCGGCCGGCCACAGCGGGACGGAGAUGCUGCUCCUCGCCCCGGGGCCCACACGGGGGAGGGGCCAGGGGCGACCGGCCGGGACUCCCCGCCGCAGGCGCUCGCCGGCCUGGAGCCCCGCCUGGAUUUGCUGCUGGGCGCUAGCCGGCUGUCAGGCGGCCUGGGCUGGGGACCUGCCCUCCUCCUCCAGCCGUCCGCUGCCUCCUUGCCAGGAGGCUUUCCAUUGCUGUUUGUUCUGGGCUCUCAUAGCAGGUCCGAAUGCUGGGACUGCUUUUCCAAAGGCUCUUCCUAUUCCUUGUUGGUUCUUCCUCCCCCAUGGCUGGCUCCAUCACAUCCUUAAGAAAGAUUACCACUUUGAGUAUACGGAAUGUGAUAGCAGUGGCUCCAGGUGGAGAGUUGCCAUUCCGAAUUCUGCCACGGACUGCUCUGGCCUGCCUGACCCUGUGAGAGGCAAAGAAUGCACUUUCUCCUGUGCUUCUGGAGAGUAUCUAGAAAUGAAGAACCAGGUCUGCAGUAAGUGUGGAGAAGGCACCUACUCCUUGGGCAGUGGCAUAAAAUUUGACGAAUGGGAUGAACUGCCCACAGGAUUUUCCAACGUUGCAACCUUCAUGGACACUGUGGUGGGCCCUUCUGACAGCAGGCCAGAUGGCUGUAACAACUCUUCUUGGAUCCCUCGUGGAAAUUACAUAGAGUCUAACCAUGAUGACUGCACAGUUUCUUUGAUCUAUGCUGUGCACCUUAAGAAGUCGGGUUAUAUCUUCUUUGAGUACCAGUAUGUCGACAACAACAUCUUCUUUGAAUUUUUUAUUCAGAACGAUCAGUGCCAGGAGAUGGACACCACCACAGACAAAUGGGUAAAACUUACAGACAGUGGAGAAUGGGGCUCUCAUUCUGUAAUGCUGAAAUCAGGCACAAACAUACUAUACUGGAGAACUACAGGCAUCCUUAUGGGAUCUAAGGUGGUCAAGCCUGUGUUGGUAAAAAAUAUCACAAUUGAAGGGGUGGCAUACACAUCAGAAUGCUUUCCAUGCAAGCCAGGCACAUUCAGCAGUAAACCAGGUUCAUUCAACUGCCAAGUGUGCCCCAGAAACACCUAUUCUGAAAAAGGAGCCAAAGAAUGCAUAAAGUGUAAAGAGGACUCCCAAUUUUCAGAGGAAGGAUCCAGCGAAUGUACGGAACGCCCUCCCUGUACCACAAAAGACUAUUUCCAGAUCCAUACUCCAUGUGAUGAAGAAGGAAAGACACAGAUAAUGUACAAAUGGAUAGAGCCCAAAAUCUGCCGGGAGGACCUCACAGAUGCUAUUAGGUUGCCCCCUUCUGGAGAGAAGAGGGAUUGUCCACCUUGCAACCCUGGAUUUUACAAUAAUGGCUCAUCGUCUUGUCGUCCCUGCCCUCCUGGAACGUUUUCAGAUGGAACAAAGGACUGUAGACGGUGUCCAGCAGGAACAGAGCCUGCACUGGGAUUUGAAUAUAAGUGGUGGAAUGUCCUUCCUGGCAAUAUGAAAACUUCCUGCUUCAAUGUUGGAAAUUCGAAGUGUGAUGGAAUGAAUGGUUGGGAGGUGGCUGGAGAUCAUAUCCAGAGUGGAGCUGGAGGAUCUGAUAAUGAUUAUCUGAUCUUAAACUUGCAUAUCCCAGGAUUUAAACCACCAACGUCGAUGACUGGAGCCACGGGUUCUGAACUAGGGAGAAUAACCUUUGUCUUUGAAACCCUCUGUUCAGCUGACUGUGUUCUGUACUUCAUGGUGGAUAUUAACAGAAAAAGUACAAAUGUGGUGGAAUCAUGGGGUGGAACCAAAGAAAAACAAGCUUAUACCCACAUCAUCUUCAAGAAUGCAACAUUCACAUUUACAUGGGCAUUCCAGAGAACUAAUCAAGGUCAAGACAAUAGACGGUUCAUCAAUGACAUGGUGAAGAUUUAUUCUGUCACAGCCACUAAUGCAGUUGAUGGGGUGGCAUCCUCAUGUCGUGCCUGUGCCCUCGGUUCUGAACAGUCGGGCUCAUCGUGUGUCCCCUGCCCCCCAGGCCACUACAUUGAGAAAGAGACCAACCAGUGCAAGGAGUGCCCGCCUGACACCUACCUGUCCAUACAUCAGGUCUACGGCAAGGAGGCUUGUAUUCCGUGUGGGCCUGGGAGUAAAAGUACUCAGGACCAUUUGGUUUGCUAUAGUGACUGCUUUUUCUACCAUGAAAAAGAAAACCAGAGUUUGCACUAUGACUUUAGCAACCUCAGCAGUGUUGGCUCAUUAAUGAAUGGCCCCAGCUUCACCUCUAAGGGAACAAAAUACUACCAUUUCUUCAAUAUCAGUUUAUGUGGGCAUGAGGGACAGAAGAUGGCUCUCUGUACCAACAAUAUAACAGACUUUACAGUGAAGGAAACGGUAGGAGGGUCAGAUGAUUAUACAAAUUUGGUAGGAGCUUUUGUGUGCCAGUCAACUAUUAUUCCUUCUGAAAGUAAGGGUUUUCGAGCUGCCUUAUCAUCACAAUCCAUCAUUCUGGCAGAUACAUUUUUAGGAGUGACAGUUGAAACCACAUUGCAUAAUAUUAAUAUAAAAGAAGAUAUGUUCCCAGUUCCACAAAGCCAAAUACCAGAUGUGCAUUUCUUUUAUAAGUCUUCCACAGCUACAACUUCUUGUGGAAAUGGCCGAUCAACUGCUGUGACAAUGAGGUGUAACCCAACUAAACCUGGAGCAGGAGCGAUUUCAGUCCCCAGCAAGUGCCCAGCAGGCACCUGUGAUGGAUGCACAUUCUAUUUCCUGUGGGAGAGUGCAGAAGCUUGCCCUCUGUGCACGGAGCAUGACUUCCAUGAGAUCGAGGGAGCCUGUAAGAGAGGAUUUCAGGAAACCUUAUAUGUAUGGAAUGAACCUAAAUGGUGCAUUAAAGGAAUUUCUUUGCCUGAGAAAAAGUUGUCAACCUGUGAAACAGUUGACUUUUGGCUAAAAGUGGGAGCAGGUGUGGGAGCUUUCACAGCCGUUUUGCUGGUGGCUUUAACUUGCUACUUCUGGAAAAAGAAUAAAAAACUGGAGUACAAAUAUUCCAAAUUAGUAAUGACAGCUAACUCAAAAGAUUGUGAACUUCCAGCUGCAGACAGCUGUGCUAUCAUGGAAGGUGAAGAUAAUGAAGAGGAAGUUGUAUAUUCCAAUAAAAAGUCACUACUGGGAAAACUCAAAUCCUUGGCAACAAAGGAAAAAGACCAUUUCGAAUCUGUUCAACUGAAAUCGUCAAGAUCCCCAAAUAUAUAAAGAGACAUUGCUGUAGCCUUCAGACUAAUGAACAAAGAAAGCUGUGCUCUAGAUUUACAGGACUAUGUGUUAGAGCUGGCAUCUGUCACAUUGAUGAUCCCUGAGAGAAGGGCCAAGCUGCUGAAAAGGGACGAAGCUGAAAUGUUUGAUUGCCUUAUAACAUGGUCAAGUACCUUGCCAAAAAAGGAAAGCAAAUGGUCUGGGUCUCCACUGAAGAUGAAGUCCAACUCAGGAAGAGAUAUAUCUGUAUAUACACGUAACUGAAAAUUGAGUUUAAACCCACCAGUGCACUGCUGAUGCAUGUCAUAUAAUCAAUGGGUAACUUUUAUUCUUUAUAACUUCUACAUAACGUGUGCUUUGGAGGGCCGAUGUAAGCAUAUAUACAUUGUGAUUCCAUUUAUGUCUUUUCUUUGGGACAGAUUUGAAAAAAUUUUUAAGGUAUAGUUAUUUUCCCCAUUUUAUUUUCUGGACAGAUCUUAAAAUAUCUUUUCCGGUUAAAAAUGGUGAGCAAUGAAAGGCAAUAAAUUUUUCAUUUUUCCAUAGGAAAUCUUCUCUUGAUUUCAGAAGCCUAAGGUUAUCAAUAAUUUUUUAAGAAGAGCCAGCAUGUGCUUGGGUUAUCUAAACUUAUAAUCGUAUUUGGAAUUCCAUCCUUGCUGGAACUGGUAAGAAGGGCUUGACUGGAAGUGUUGAAGGAAUUAAGAAAUAAAUAGGCAAGGAAAAGCCUUGACUUUCCAUUAAUACAAACAACUUGGGCAUUAUCAUAGAGUCAGAUGGCUUUAAACAGUUUCUGUAUUGCCUGAAAUAUAACUUAAAAUAAGUGGAAUGUCGUUUAUAAAACAAAAAUCAUGAGGAAGGAAAUGGGAUGGUUUGUCUGUAAGUACAGAUAAUUGUAAAAAGGUAUCGGGAUAAUUUUGUGAGCUACAGAAAGUGGCAGUAGGAUCUUUUUCCCACUUCAAGGAUCGUUCUCAAAGGUUAUAUGUUUAUUUUUCUGCUACAAGAUUUUGAGGAUUAUGACUUCCUUGGAAUUUUUUUUAAACUAAUUGGAAUUUCACUGUUGGAAGACUGCAUAUAAUUGUAUUUAUAAUCACAAUGUGUCUGAACCAUAAGCAGUUCUGAAAUAAGUAUUGGUGUUCUUAUUCAAAAGUGAAACUGGAUAAUUGUGAUAUUUCCUAUGGGUUAUUAGUUUUAGCACAACUUAGAUACUAUUUGUUGAAAGAAAUUUGAAUGUAGUUGGAUCUGACCAAUUUUGUAUAAAAAGUAAUUGUUUUGGGAAUGGGAAAGAGGGCAGUUUCCUGGCCAUCGAUGAGCUAAGGUGCUCUGGUUUAUUUCCAAUAAAGAGUAAUCUUUAUAGCACUUAAUCCAUAUUUUGAAAAGGAUUGGUGAUUGGCUGACAGAGGCAGGGUGUAUGGGUAGAUUUUGUUGAAUAUAUUGCCCCAAGCAAUUCAAUGAGAUAUGACUUGUAACUGUUCAUUCACCAGGUGAUGUCUUUAUUUUCAUGGAAAAAGGGAAAAUAAAUAAAUAAUUGUGUUUAUUUGGC